AUGCGGCGAAUACGCCGUUCCAGCAGUGGUACUUCCACCAAAGCUGCUGCUCCCAUACCGGAGGCCGUCUCCCUGAUACACUCGUUCGACUCGGCAUUGAAUCCAAACCGACCAGCUCGUCCAUCGCCGUUGGCCUCGUCGCAGAUCCAGGGAAUGCCUUUAGACUUGAUUGAGCGCAUUCGCAAUUUCCCUCUAUUCCAAUCUACCCCGGAUUCUUUCCUCGCCGAAGUGGGCUUGCAUCUACGUCCGCAGCUCCACGCCGCCAAUGACUAUAUAUUGACCGAGGGGGACGAGGCAAAAGCGAUGUACUGGCUCGUGAGGGGUGCCGUUGCAGUCACGUCCCGCGAUGGAGAGAGUGUGCACGCAGAAUUGAAACCCGGCGCCUUCUUCGGCGAAAUCGGUGUUUUGAUGGACCGACCUCGUACCGCAACAAUCAUCGCACGGAGUCGCUGUCUGCUCGUCGUGCUUACCAAAGAGGAUUUCCGAAAAAUCCUCCCCCGGUUUCCGGAUGUCGAACGUGCUAUUCGCGAAGAAGCUUUGGAGCGGUUGGCGAUUCUAGAAAAGAAAAAUAAAGAGCGUUAUGAUGCGACUGAAAAGGCCGCGGGCAUGAAUAGGCGAGGUUCGAAGCGCCUGCGAGAAAGCAAUUCUGGCGGACUCUCGCCGGGUGAAGAAAAUGAUUUGAAGAUUCUGAAUGCAAAUAAGAAGCGCAAGUCACCGAGCCCAGGCAUCGCCGAUAUUUCUUCAAGCGCCCUCGCAAACGGAUCGGUCAAUGUGCGUUCGUUACUAAAGGAAAUGCCUUUAUUCUCCAGUCUCACUCCGGACCUUCUUCACUACCUAGGCUUAAAACUCCAGCCUCGGUCCUAUCCUCCUUUCACCGACAUAAUAAAGCAAGAUUCUCUAGGACGUGAAAUUUACUUUAUUGUUCGGGGCGAGGUGGAAGUUCUCAAUGAGAACAGGGACCCCGAAGCCCUUCCCCGAGGUUCGGACGACCAGGCCAGCCGUGGCCUUGAAGUAAAGGCUCGGCUUCGGCAAGGUCAAUAUUUUGGUGAAAUCGUUAGCUUGUCAUUGACCCCUCGUCGGACCGCUACAGUGAGAUCCGUUACGUCAGUGGAAUGUCUUAUGCUCAGCGGAGAUGUGUUGGUUGAAUUCUGGGAAAAGUGUCCAGAUGACUUGCGGCAGCAAAUUGAGGUCACGGCAAAAAAGCGACUCGAAUCGACUACAGACACCGAUGUCUUGAUGCCGGACGCGAGAGACCCAACACCGCCGAUCAACCAGCUAACAAUAGAUGACAAACUCAGAGUCACCAAUCUUCGAAGAAAAUCAAUGCCUUUAGUAACAUUGACCGAGUCUGAAUUGGAUAAUACCCAUCAGACGAAUGGAGAUCAGGAAGUUCCAGUCUUGAGUCCGUCGGAUCCCGAUCCUUUUCUCAACAUUGGACUUGAUAAUGUAAAGCUCAAAUCGCGCCGAGGCUCCGUUGGCAUUAUCGUUCCGAGAGAAACUGUUAGUGCAGAUAGUUCAAGACAGACGACUCCAACGGAACCGCGGCCUGGGAGUUCCUUCAAAGCCUCGUCUCAAAUGAACGGCACACCUACGAGACCACGCUCAACGAGCCUACUAUAUCAGCAACAGCAGGGAAACCGUGGGUUUCUACCGGAUAGUGUACUUAUACGCAUAUUUGAGUUCCUAGAACUGCAUCAUUUACUGCGUCUACGUGCCGUUUGCGUUCACUGGUCCAAGAUCCUAACGGAGUCGCCAACCAUUUGCCAAUAUCUGGAUCUUAGCAUCUACAACCGCAAGGUCACCGACGACGUACUUUCCACUAUCAUUUGCCCUUUCAUCAAAGAUCGACCAUUCUAUAUUGAUAUUAAUAAUUGCUUCCACAUUACUGAUGAAGGCUUCAGUACUUUGGUAAAGACGUGCGGACACAAUGUACGAGCUUGGAAAAUGAAGAGUGUGUGGGAUGUAACAGCGACGGCGAUCUUAGAAAUGGCAGGAAAGGCGACAGGACUGCAAGAAGUCGAUUUGAGCAACUGCAGGAAAGUGAGCGAUACUCUUCUCGCCAGACUGGUUGGAUGGGUCGUCCCAUCGGCGACGUUGGUCCAGCACAACCAUAUAGCCGCAAAAAACAACUUGAAGCCUACUAUACAGACUGCAGCAGGUGCAGUAUAUGGCUGUCCACAACUGAAGAAACUGACUCUAUCUUAUUGCAAACAUGUCACCGACCGUUCAAUGCACCAUAUUGCUUCUCAUGCUGCUCCUCGCAUUGAGCAGGUAGAUUUGACGAGGUGUACGACUAUUACGGAUCAGGGGUUCCAAUACUGGGGUAAUGCUCAAUUCACAAGACUACGAAAACUUUGUUUGGCAGAUUGCACUUACCUGACAGACCAUGCUAUUGUUUGUCUGACAAAUGCGGCUAAGAAUCUGCAGGAGCUAGACUUGUCAUUUUGCUGUGCUCUGUCCGACACCGCCACCGAAGUCUUGGCUUUACAAUGCCCGCAGUUGCUGAAACUGAAUAUGUCUUUCUGCGGCUCUGCUGUCUCAGAUCCCUCGCUCAGGAGUUUAAGUUUACAUCUAUUGCUUCUCCAAGAAUUGUCCGUCCGAGGUUGUGUCAGAGUCACAGGUGUAGGAGUCGAAGCGGUUGCAGAUGGAUGUCAAAACCUCUCAUACUUCAACGUCAGCCAGUGCAAAAAUCUUCAACCCUGGCUAGAACAUGGCGGGCAAUUGCGGUAUCAGAAUAAGAUCCAGUUCGAAACGGUUGCCGAGAGAGCUGUGUUUCGUUGAUAUUCAGUGGCCCGCUCGUUCUUAAUGACUUGCAAUCUUCACCUGGUGGUUUCUUUAUUCUCCUUCUUCGGCGGUCUUUACAGCUACAUUUUGCAUGUCUUGGACUAUUUUCGACUUGAAUGAAAGGGUGAUAUCGUUCAGUUACCAUGAUAUUUGGAGUCAUGUGUUGCAUACUUGUCAUUUGUUUGUUGGCAUUUACUUUCUUCCUACUGGCUUCUUCGUUAGAGGACAUGUUGUAUCUGAUGACUGUGAUGACGGUUUCUUUUAUCUCUAGCGGGUUUAUUUGUAUUCUACGCUUUGUGACAUCUUACUCGAUAUGAUCUGAGUUAUUUCUUCAUUCCAUCGUGCGCUUUGAUUCUUUCUCCCCCCCCCCCCCCCAUCUUUUGAGUACCUGUGCUUGGUCAAGUUGGCAUUUAGGGAUAAUCUUUUGUUAAUAUUGGCGGAGUUUCUUUUCGAAGAGGAGGCGCCAGAGUGUUCCCAAUGCUGGUUGUCACAAUACGUUCCUCUCGAUUUCUGAGUUCACAUUCUUUCUAUGCCAAUGUUUCGUUUUAGUUCAAUCGAACGAAAACCAGAGCAAUUUGGUUCGUGUAUUGUGUUGGGGGUGCUUAGUAUGCCAAUCUAUCUCAAGGUUGAUAUCAAAUUCCAUUCUAUGCAGCAAUGGCCUGCCACACUCUUUCCCAAGCCUUGUUAUGAAACAGCUUAGUUUAACAUAGCUACCCAUAUCA